UAAAAUAAGUGAGCAAAUAUAUUAGAGAUAUUGCAAAUCAUUCACUCUCCUAACACCUGGUUUUGGAAUAAAGCCUUGUGGUGUCCAAAUUGAAUCUUAAGCAGCAUGCUAAAUGAUGAUGAUGCCGAAUAUUCUCCUCCAGAAUCCAUGGCAGAGGCUUUUGGCAUGAGAAAAAAAAGCAUGAACAGAAGAAGGUUCAGUGAAGAGCAGAUCAAAUCAUUGGAGUCAAUUUUCGAGUCUGAGUCAAGGCUUGAGCCCAGAAAGAAGUUGCAGCUAGCGGGAGAGCUGGGGUUGCAUCCACGCCAGGUUGCAAUAUGGUUUCAAAACAAGAGAGCUAGAUGGAAGUCAAAGCAGCUUGAACGAGACUACAGCGUUUUACGAGCUAAUUACAACACUCUAGUUUCCCGGUUUGAAGCUCUUAAGAAGGAAAAGCAAGCUUUGGCUAUACAGUUGCAGAAGCUAAAUGAUCUCGUGCAGAGGUCCAUGGAGGAAACUGAGAGCUGCAGGGGAGGUCUCUCCUUAGAAACUAUUGAUGGCAAGUCUGAAAAUGGCCACAGAACAAAGUAUGAGUCUGAAGUAAAACCUUGUGUGUCAGCUGAGGAGAAAUCAGAACAUGAACUAGAGGUUCUUUCCAACUAUGGUAGUGGCACAAAGGAAGCCUAUCUUGGAUUAGACGAGCCCCAGUUCAGGGAACCUGCUCAGGGCUCCUUGAUAUCAACACCAAAUUGGAGCAAUUUAGAGUCUGAAGGGCUUUUCAGUCAGUCCAAUACCAAUGGCCAGUGGUGGGACUUCUGGUCGUGAAAAGUAGAAACACAAAAAAAAAAA